UAGGGAGGGGAGUUAUUUUUUGCACGAAUUUCCUUGAAUUCAGAAAUGAAUUCAGUUUGUUUUGUCUCAUUCUAGCUUCAUUAUCAGAUUAAAGUGUCAUCUACGUGGACAAAAAGAUCGUAAUUAUCUUAUGCACCGUUUUAUAAUGUGAAAUACUAGUGUCGUAAAUAAAAACGAACUUUUGUUUUUUACUAAAGGAAGGAAAUCUUCUAAGGACAUCUUUAAAUCAAACCGUCCUGUAUUUAAAAUAAUUCCACAAUGACGCUGUGGACGCGAGCACAGCAGCUGCCCCCUGAGUGCCUUCAAAAGGUACGAAUGAUAUACGUGGAUCAUUUCCCGAUCGAAGUGAGGCAUUGCCUGGCGUCUUGGAUCGAGAGCAGGAUAUGGACCGCGGAGCCGGAGGACCAGCAGCGUUCGUUCGUCAACGAACUCGUCCAGGAGAUCCAGACGAACGCCGAUCUGAUGCUGUCCCCGGACAUGUUCGUUACGAAGAUGAAGCUCCUCGAAGCGGCGAAGAACUUCCACAUGCAGUACAGUCACGCCCCCCAGGAGCUGUACGCUUACAUGAGGCGUUGUCUCGCCUUAGAGAUGGAGGUCAUACAGAACGCGAUGGGCACUCCGUACGUGGCCCAGCCUCACACCGAGAGGAAGUACAGCGAGCUGAUCACGGGCCUGCAGACUGUAAGGCAGAAGGUGAACAUAGCCGGCGAGGAAAUCCGCAGCCUCCAGGCCAAUAUUGAAUCCCUGUCUUUGCAGUACCACGAGUGCUUGAAGAACAAAGGUCACAUGAACUACCUCCAGCAGCAGACGGUGACCACCGAGCGCCGCGACCUGGUGGCCUGUCUGCGCGGACAGAUCGAGGACACGGAGAGGAAACUCAACGCGCUGGUGGCGCAGAUCACUCAAUCUCAAAUGGAGCUGGUGGACCACAUGAAGGAGAACAUCACGAACCUGAGGCAGCUGCAGAGCCAGGUGUUGGACGAUGAGCUCAUCAAAUGGAAAAGGGAGCAACAGCUGAGCGGCAACGGGGUCCCGAUGCAGUCCAACCUCAACACGAUCCAGGAGUGGUGCGAGCUGCUCGCGGACCUCAUCUGGACCACGCGCCAGCAGGUCAACAACGUGGCGCGCAUCAACAGCAAGACCAUCGUGGAGCUCCGCCAGCCGCACCUCGCCGAGAUGCUGGACGACAUGAGCAAGCAGGUGACGGGGCUGCUGUCCACGCUGGUGACGUCGACGUUCGUCAUAGAGAAACAACCCCCUCAAGUAAUGAAGACCAACACGCGUUUCACGGCAACUGUUCGUCUGUUGGUUGGCGGACAGCUCAACGUAUACAUGACCCCGCCGCGCGUCAGCGUUGUGAUAAUAUCGGAGCAGCAGGCUCAGCUUUUACUGAAGAGCGACACGCAGGCCGGCAAGGGCAAGCAGCCCGUGGAGUGCGGGGACAUCCUCAACAACACGGGCACCAUGGAGUACCAGCCCACCAGCCGACAGCUCAGCGUCAGCUUCAGGAACAUGCAGCUGCGCAAGAUCAAACGCGCCGAGAAGAAAGGCACCGAGAGCGUUAUGGACGAGAAGCUGACGCUGCUGUUCCAGUCGCAGUUCAACGUGGGCGGCGGGGAGCUCGUCUUCCAGGUUUGGACCCUGUCGCUUCCGGUUGUGGUCAUAGUCCACGGCAACCAGGAGCCCCACGGGUGGGCCACCGUCACGUGGGACAACGCCUUCAGUCCCCCGGGCAGGGUGCCCUUCGCUGUCCCCGACAAGGUGACCUGGGGCCAGCUCGCGGAGACCCUCAGCCUCAAGUUCAUCUCGGCCACGGGAGGGUCUCUCUCGGAGGACAACCUGAGGUUCUUGGCUGAGAAGAUAUUCAGAACUAGUCUCCCGCUGAACACCAUGGAGCUAAACGCGAUGGCGGUCAGCUGGACCCAGUUCUGCAAGGACGCUCUGCCGGAGAGGAACUUCACGUUCUGGGAGUGGUUUUACAUGGUCGUCAAGGUCACCAGGGACUACCUGCGGACCCUGUGGUGCGACCGCUUAAUAAUGGGCUUCAUACAGAAGAAGCAAGCUGAGGAUAUGCUGUCCAAGUGUCCGCCCGGGACCUUCCUGCUGCGGUUCUCGGACUCCGAGCUGGGAGGGAUCACCAUCGCUUGGACCGGAGACGGUAACGAAGUAUUCAGCCUGCAGCCCUUCACGUCGCGCGACCUCAUGCUGCGCUCGCUGGCGGACCGCGUGUUCGACCUCACGCAGCUACAGUUCUUGUACCCGAACGUUCCCAAAGACGACGUCUUCUCCAAAUAUUACACCAAACCUGAAAACGAAAUGUUGAAGAACGGCUACGUGAAGCCCGUGUUGGUGACCACGCUGCCCCCGUACAUGUCGUCGUCGCCCGCCUACGCGCACUCCCCGGACUCGCACCGAAACACGCCCAGCGUCAACAGCAGUUAUUUCGGGGAAUCUACGCCCAUUCAGGUGGACAGCCUAAUGAAUAGCGACUUGUUCGAGCAGAUCCGGGCCUACGAACCGGACAAUCAAUCGGACGAGUUCGACAUUUACAGUGACAUGUGCUUGAAGUGAGAUGACAAAAAACCGCAAUGAAAUUGACAAAAAGAAAUUAAUAUACAUGUAGUUUUUUUAGAAUAAAUUUAGGAUUUUACGCGUACUUAUUACGUACAUACGCAAUGAACACUAACUAUUUUAAACACAGUCACGUGUUGAAUAGGUAGCACGCAAUGUAACGUGAAAACGUCGUGUCGGUUCAACGUCCGCGCGCGCUCCCCACGUCUGUACAUUGCUUCCCAACGCUUGAGGCGAAAUGACGUAACCUCAUAAAGCAUUCUAUGUCGGUGCCUUUGUCUGCAUUCAUAGUUAGCCUUGUAAAUUAAAUAAUGCAUUUUAUUUGGAAAAUACCUUUAGCCUAUAAAUUGAGAGUCGAAAUAUUUGUCGUUCUACGGGAAAGAGACGUGCCUAUAUAUAUCUGCACGCAAACGAAUGAGACAAAAACUAAUAUAUAACUUACGUCUUAUCAGUUUACGUAAUCAAAAAUUGGGCGAUCUGUCAAGAAUAUAUUCUCUCAUCGGUCGGACUAUAGAUCAGCGCGCCAAUAAGUUCUAUUCAGCUUUUAUGAUUAUAAUUAAACAAUUGACGGAUUAUAAAGUGGAAUUAGAUUUGUAGUUACAGAGCAUUUUCGUGCUGCCUUAUAAUUAUAAAUUAACUUGAAAAUCGUUAAAGUUGCUUAUGAUUUCAUUCAAUCUAUUUGUAGCAAACACGUCAUGUAGACAUAAGACAAUUGAUUCGUUUUAAUAUUUUUAAAUGUCACAUCGCUUUAGUCAUCGGCACCUCUAUAUUUGGGAAUCUUAGUAUUUUAUAUUAUAUUAUAAAAAUUAAGCAAACUGUUUCUUAUAUUUUAUAUUUUAAUAUUUGUAUUUAUACAAUUUAUUUUAUCGAGUAUCUAAUUUUACGUAUUAUAUUCUAAGCUACACUAUCACAAUGAAAAAUUAGCAAUAAUUGAUCGUUUCUAUAAUUACUUAAUUCUACUUUAAUUACAUACUUAACUCAUUUAUUUUUCUUAAUCACCAUUGUUUCUUAAUUAUAAAAAUUCAUCGGACUAUUUUAAAUAGAUUUUAUGGAGCAAAUUCAAAAUGGCUGACUUACGCGUCACCCGUAUUUUUUCAAACAUAAACUAUUUGCCUCCUUUUUCAGCUGUCUUCAAUAUUAUAUCAUUUAAAAACAUUUCUUCAAGUAUUUCGGACGUUAUGUCCAGGAAUCUUGCUAUAAUACAUUCGCAUCUUCAGCUCGUUUAUUUUAAAUAAUAAUCCACAUAAAAGUUCCUUUUAUUUAUUUACAUAAAUCUGUUUUAAUCGUAAUAAUAUAUAUGUAAUUGUUUGAAACUUGAAAUGUUCCGAUAAUCCCAACAUUUUAGCACAUGUAUCCUCCGAUUUUUUUAUACGAAUAUUUAUUUUUCCCUUCCGAUGCUGCAGUGUGUUUAGGUUAUCAAAUGCUUAGAAAUGGCGGCGUUACAUAACAUUCUCUUGCGCUUGUAAUAAUGUUUUAAUAAUGAAAACAUUAUUUUUCACUAUUACAUAGAACACUGUUUAAUGUGAACUUUGAGAUUUUUAUGAAAACCCAUACUUUAGCGUCUUUUAUAACAGUGGGUUAAUGUUUAGUUUAUGGUGUGUUUUUAAGUUUUUUUUUUUAUUGUGCCAUAGUAUACAUACAUACGUUCUUACAAUUCUAUCGAUUUCCAAUAAUUGACAUUUUCUCAAUGCAUUUUUUUUUGUUCGGAUCGACAUUAAAAUGAAUGUGAAUGAAAAGAUUUAUAAAAAAAUGGUAUGUUCAUUUAUUUGUUAUAUGAUU